CAGGCAUUCCAUCUUGGUCCUUAAAAAUGAUGACGUAUCUACAGCCUUCUCCGUUUGAUGUCAGUUGUAGAUGUCCAUGGACUGCUAUUACCAUCAAGUGGACUGUAAACGUUUGUUUGUAAUUACCUCAAUUUUAUUAAAAGUAAUGUUUUUUUCUUUAAUUGAUUUUAUUACUUAAUUUAUUCAAAAUAAUGCUUGUAAUUUUAUGUCAAUAAACUGUACAAUUAAUUGAAACAAUGGCUUAAUUUAAAAUAGUCUAUAAUAACAGGCACCUGAACUGGGAUAAACCUGUAUCUCAGGUGUAUGUGCUAAUAGAUACAUCUACAAAUAUUUUCUGUGUCUUAUAUAAAAUGAAUAACAUACCAUCUAAUUAAGGUUAAUUCGGUAAAAUUUAUUAUCAUUAAUUUACUUAUGAUUUUAAUUAACUUAAAACAAUCAGCAAUAUUUCUUUACCAUUCCUUAACUAUGUUCGAAUUACAUUUUUAAAAUCUGCCAUUUUAAUGGAUACAUGUUCAAAAUUGCGUUGACUUGCUUUUACAAAAAAGGGCCAAGGAAUGUAAAAAAUCUAGGCAUGAAAGAAUGCCUUGUUCUAAUGUUAGUUUCAAUAAUUUUAUAUUUGCGUCUUUUAUCAGUGGACUCUUUUCUGUAGGGAAAUUUUAAGUGCUGUAUAAAGUAAUGUAUUAGUAUCGUACUCAUAACGAAUAACCGGCGCACUGAUAGGACAUUGUAGGAUUUAUAUAAGAGAUGGGACUGGAAUAGGAUAGGGCGGAAUGUUGCGACUUUCACUAUAGGUCUUUGAGCGCGUUCCAUUGGUAACAGUGUAGCUUAUAAAGUCAAUAAGUCAUUACAACUUGCGUGGUUUACGAUUUCUAACUGAUUUAUUUUGAAUCACGUUAAAAAGCUUUACACAACAUUUUCUAAAAGGUUAUAAUUACUUGCAGCCCAACGAGUAUAGCCGGCAAGAAGUCUAACGAGCUGCUUCAAAGCGGCCUUAGUAGUCUAAAGUCGGCCGCUACUAGCAUGGCCAAGAAGUUUGACGAGAUGAAGGAAGUAAUCUCGGCCAACUCGACGCCAGUGAAGGGAGCGUUCGGAAAUGCGACCAGUGCAUUAACCAGCUUCAUCACAGAGGAGGACUCUAAUGACGCGUCGUCAGAAGUUAAUCCCGAUGAGUGGUCUAUGGGCGGUACAUUCAGACGCGCGUCAAGUGAAGCGGAGCUGGCCUGCAGUAUGGAGCGCGGCUCGCUCGCCACGUUAUUGUCGCAGCUGCCCGACAACCUCUACCCACAACACGCGGUAAAGCACUUUAUUAGUAAAACUUUAAACUUUAGGGAAAAAAUAUGCUUUUGCUUACUAACAGGACACUUUUAUUAAAUGACCACUAAAAAAAACGUGUGUGUGUGUACUUAUGUACGCACGAAAGAAGCUAUAUUUCUUUAGCGUAACAGAACAAAAAUAACUAAAAUUAAACACGGUUUAUAGAUUCAUAUAUAUUUUAAUAACUACCUUGAAUAUAGUUAUCAGCUCUCACGAAAACUUGACAGUUGACAGGCAAUUACCAACUGAAGUUGUCGCUUUUAGGUUUCUGUGUGCGCGGGCAUCUUAACAACUUCAUGCUGUCGUUUUUAGGUGUCGGUGUGCGCGCGCAUCGUAAAAAAUUCAACAUAAAUUUUAAUUUCGACUUCAAACUAGCCAGUAUUAUAAAAAAAAUAUCUUCGUAGUUGACGACCAAAUACAUUAAAAAUGGAUGUGGAUUCGGGUAUAACCUCUCUAGGGAACAACUUUCCUAGGGAAUCAGUUUUAAUGAUUAAAUAAUUAAGUAUUUAUCUAUUCUAAUAUAUUAAAGUGGAAGAUGUUUUUUUUUGUUUGUUUAAACACGCUAAUGUCUCGAACUACCAGUCCGAUUAGAUAAAUUAUUUUUGUAUAUUAUAGCCAGAUUCAUGAGGAAUAGUAUAAGUGCUACACCUCACGGCUAACCUUAAAUAUUGAGUUUUGUUAAGCAAGUCAAAAGGAAAAACGCCCCAGAACUGUUACAUCCGUGCACUGGCGUAAUGGUUAGUGAUAUGUUAAUACAAUGUUCUACAAACGUAGACUUUUACUUCAUCUAU